ACAAGGGUUCUAAAAUCACAAAACAGGGUUUAAGCAAAACCUUCUUCAUUCAACCUAUGGCUAUUCUAUCGAGAAGAAUCUCUUGUUCAUUUCUCAACACCACAAAACCCUCUUAUUUCUCCAAGAGUUUCUGCACAAAUCAUAACCUAAACGACGAUUUCGACUUAAACACCGAUUCAUUUGGAUCAGACAGAAACUCAUCUUCAUCAGCUUCUUCUUCUUCUUCGGGAAAUCAGUACCAGCAACCCAUUUAUCAGAGACCACUGGAAAAUGGUUUGGAUAUGGGAGUUUUUAAGGCUAUAUUGGUUGGCAAGGUUGGACAAAACCCAAUACAGAAAAGAUUGAAAAGUGGUAGACCUGUGACCUUGUUUUCAUUGGGAACUGGUGGAAUUAGAAAUAAUCGUAGACCAUUGGAUAAUGAAGAACCAAGAGAAUAUGCUGAUAGAUGUUCUGUUCAGUGGCAUAGAGUUGCUGUUUAUCCUGAGAGAUUGGGUGGACUUGCACUUAAUCACGUUAAACCCGGGGCUACUUUAUACGUGGAGGGUAAUCUGGAGACCAAAGUCUUUAGUGAUCCAGUAACCGGCCUAGUUAGGCGUAUAAGAGAGAUUGCAAUACGUCGAGAUGGUCGUCUCGUAUUUCUCAGCAACGAUGAUGAUGCUGAUAAACCAGAAAGAACGGAUUUGAAAGGUGUUGGCUAUUACUAAUGCGCACCUGGAGUAACUCAAGUUGGUUGUUCUUGCCAAGAAGCUAAAGUACCAAAUUCUGCAUACUGUAUCAUUUUCUGUUUUGUUAUAUGUAAAGCUAGAAGAAGUUUAACCUGGUGCAUUUUUCUUAAUGAUACCGCAAUUUCCUCGAUUUAACUUCCAGUAUUUCAACUUAUUUUACCGAAGCAUAAUU